AUGGGAAAGAAGAUUUGCGCCAAAUGUGACAAAGAGUUCCAACCAGGAGAGUCCGUUCUCACCGCUCUGGACAAACCAUGGCAUGUUAGCUGCUUCGUGUGUGCAAAAUGCAACAAACCUUUCGGGGGUGGCGGUAGCUGUGUUCUAGAGAACGGUAAACCAAUGCACGAGGAUUGUUCCAAGGCUCAAUUUGAAGAUGAUAGUGGCACUUGUGAUGCUUGUGACAAGACUCUGGGAAACGGAGAACCAACUGUCGAAUUGGGAGACGGCUCCCAAUAUCAUCAAAGUUGUUUCAAGUGCAACGUAUGCGACAAACCUUUCGAUAAGAAAAGCCCUUAUCAUGUCAAGGUGAACGGCAAACCCUGUCACACAAAAUGCGCCGAUGUAGCAGACGAUGUGACUGAGAAAAUCAUUCGAAACAACAAAGAAUGCACCAAAUGUGGAAAAACCAUCACAUCGGGAGUCAAAGUCGUUCCAGGUGUGGGAAGCUUUCAUGCAGAAUGUUUUGCUUGCGAUACUUGUGGCUGUGAAUUGAGUGGGAAAUAUUUUAUCCACCCAAAGACUGAAAAGCCAAACUGCAAGCCUUGUGUGGACAAGUUUGUUAAGAAAUGGGACAGAAAUAAGGAGGAAAGGGAGGCAAAGAAGUAG